AUGAAUGAUGAAGAUAAUGUAUAUAGAAUUCUUGAUCUGGCUGCUAUGAAAGAUAAGUGGAGUGUUGCUGAAGUAAUUUUAAGAAAGGAUCCAAGUUUGGUUCGUCAAAAGAUAUCGGAAUUUGGUGAAACACUACUUCAAAUUGCAAUAUUAGCAGGAAGCACCGGAUUUGUGCUAAAGCUAAUGACUCUGAAGGAACCAGAUGACUUUGAACUGAAAACUAAUAAUGGGAAUACGGCAUUUAGUUUUGCAGUAAAUUCAGGGUUCAUUGAAAUUGUUAAAGCAAUGAGGGAAAGGAAUAACAAUCUACCAAACAUCCAUGGUAUGGAUUCUGCCGGCAGUGCAAUAUUUCCAAUCGGUGUGGCAGCUAUUUAUGGGCAUAAAGCUAUGGUAUCAUACCUUUUUGAGGUCACAAAUCUUGCUAUGCUAAACCAAACAGAACGAUUAUCACUUCUUGAGAUCACUACCCACAAUGAGAUGUACGAUGUAGCAUUAAAAAUAUUCAACAAGGACAGAAAAUUAACCACUCAAAUGUUACAAGGAAAUCUUGGUGUCUUCUACAUAUUAUCUCACAAGUCCUUAGUUAUCAGUAACCAACAAGGAAAGUUGAAGAGAUCCAUUGAAGGACCUUAUAAUUCUCCACUACUUGUAGUGCUGAAAUUGCUAAGUUUUUCAGGGGAAAGAUAUAUACUGAAGAAACAAGGUGGUCUACUACUUGAGGAGCUCUGGGCAGAGUGUGAAAGAAGUGGAGAGAAUAAGCUAUUGGAGCUAGUAAGAAGAGAAAAAUUGCUCCAUUAUGCUGCAACAGCAGGAAAUGUAGAGUUUUUAGCUGUGGUUAUUUACAAUCAUCCUCGUCUCAUAUUGGACUGUUACCGAGAGUGGUCCAUUUUCCAUUAUGCAGUUUUUCAUAGACAGGAAAAAGUAUUCAGUCUUAUACACCAAACAGGAGGAAUGAAAAACUUUCUUCUUCAAAAAAAUGAUACUAAUGGCAAUAACAUGCUGCAUUUGGCUGGGAAGUUAGGAUAUUCGAACUUACAUGAUAAGGAGAAGAUUAUGCCGUCAUCGUUUCUCAGGGAUUCUGGAGCAGCACUUCAGAUGCAAAAAGAGAUAUUGUGGUUUAAGGAAGUGGAGAAACUUUUACCACCUUCACUCCAGAAGAUCAAAAACAAAGCUGGGAAAACCCCUAGGGAAGUAUUCACGGAAGAGCAUAACCUAUUGCUAAAAGAAGGGGAAAGGUGGAUGAAAGACACGGCAAAUUCUUGUAUGAUUGUUGCAACUUUGAUCGCCACGAUGGUGUUUGCUGCAGGCUUUACCGUGCCAGGCGGUAAUAACGGUGAUAAUGGAAUUCCAAUAUUACUAAAAUUAAAUGCAUUUAGGGUCUUCGUCAUAUCAGAUGCGGUGGCACUAUUCAGCUCAAUCAUUUCCAUCAUUAUGUUCUUGUCCAUUCUGACAUCUCGCUAUGCUGAAGAUGAUUUUCUUGUGUCAUUGCCUGCAAAGUUAUUGUUCGGACUCACGGCACUUUUUGUCUCGAUAGUUAGCAUGCUAUUGGCUUUUACAUCAACCUUCUUUUUGGUCUAUAGUAAUCAUACGAAUUGGGAGCCAAAGCUCAUUGCUGCUUGUGCUUGUAUUCCUGUAGCUUUAUUUGGGUGUUUCCAAUAUAAACUAUGGUUUGAUGUGGCAAAAUCAACAUAUUGGUCCAAGUUUCUUUUUCGACCAGGAAAGUACAAGCUGUAUUAA